GGAUCCAUGAUUUCAGACAUUCCGGAAAAGAAAGCUAUGGCCAUUGCUGAGGGUUUGGGCAAAGUUCCUCAAACGGUCCUGUGGCGCUACACUGGAACUCCACCAUCAAAUCUUGCAAAGAAUACGAUCCUUGUGAAGUGGUUACCCCAGAAUGAUCUGCUUGGUCACCCAAAGACCCGGGCGUUUAUCACACAUUCUGGCUCCCAUGGUAUCUAUGAAGGAAUAUGCAAUGGUGUCCCCAUGGUCAUGAUGCCCUUGUUUGGAGAUCAGAUGGACAAUGCAAAGCGCAUGGAGACACGGGGAGCUGGUGUGACCUUGAAUGUCCUUGAAAUGACUUCUGAUGAUUUAGCAAAUGCUCUAAAAAAGGUCAUCUAUGACAAAAGCUACAAGGAGAACAUCCUGCGCCUCUCCACCCUGCACAAGGACCGACCCAUAGAGCCACUGGACCUGGCUGUGUUCUGGGUGGAAUUCGUGAUGAGGCACAAGGGGGCGCCACACCUGCGCCCUGCAGCCCACGACCUCACCUGGUACCAGUACCACUCCUUGGACGUGAUCGGCUUCCUCCUGGCCAUUACGCUGUCUGUGUCCUUCAUCACCCUCAAGUGUUGCGCCUAUGGCUUCCGGAAAUGCUUUGGGAAAAAGGAGCAUGUGAAGAAAACCCCAAAAUCCAAGACACAUUGAGAAGUGGGUUGGGAGAAAGGAGAAAAUCUAAUCCAUUCUCUAAUCAAAUGCACACUUGAAAACAGAGUCAAUGUGAAAUUCUCUUUACUCUCAUUAAAGAAAUCCCUUAGGAAAUCUUAGACAACCUUGAAAUAUUUUUUAAUAAAAAUAAUUGAAUCACUGGUUA